AUGGGAUGGGCAAACAUCUGCCGAAGACGGUUGAAAGUGUUCGGUCUCGCGCUGGUGAUCUACCUGGACUACAAGGUUGGAUGAGUCUCAGAUUUCCUGUUGAUGGCGAAUGGAAAAGAUUGUACAGCAUGUCAGCUCAGAUGAUUUUAGUUCUUGGUUUAUAAUUGCAGGCAGUUCAGAAGAGGGCGAAAUGGAUGAACAAAAGCAAGAGAGAGGGAUUAUGGAUGAAGACCCACGAGCGGAACGCCCGGCGCCUGCUCGAUCUAAUGAUUCAGCUGGAAGGCCUCUGGGUCAAGCUCGGACAAUACCUAUCCACUAGGGCGGAUGUGCUUCCCGAGGCCUACAUUUCUCUCCUGAGGCAGCUGCAGGAUUCUCUUCCUCCUCGCCCUCUGAAGGAGGUGAGUUACGUUCUAUUCUGAGAUUCUAAAUUCUACUGACUCCUUUAAAUUGGCUAGAAUAUCCAUAGCAGACGGUUCAGGACGGUGCUUGACGCACCGAAUCCUCAUGGAGGCGAUCUUCAGAUGAUUUUCAGCACUUUUUUGUUGAUUUUCUUCUCUGAAAACCUGAUUUUUGGAAAAAUUAUCAACAGUUUCCUCCCAAAGAAAACCUUACCUGUUCAGGGAAAAGAUACUUCGAAUUUUGGACACUUGAAUGAAUACUGAGCAUGUAUUUUCAAGAAAUUUCAUUGAUCUUUUGUUCCUUCAGGUCAAACGAACAAUAGAGGAACAGUUGGGUAAUAAAGUGGAAGAUCUCUUCUCCAAAUUUUUCGAUGAACCUCUCGCCACAGCUUCUGUGAGUGCUGACCCUUUUUGAAUUGAAAACUGAAAGUGGCGACUUCGUCUCAUUGAGUAUUGAUGCAUCGUUGUUUUCAUAUUGAUGUCAACGAUACCAGCAAUUCUUUUGACUAUCUACCUCGUGCAAACCUAUUUGUUGUAGAUUGCACAGGUCCAUCGUGCGACGCUGAAAAAUGGGCAGGAAGUCGUGGUCAAAGUUCAACACGAGGGCAUCAAACGUGUCAUUCUAGAGGUCCCUGAUGGCCUAAAUAUGAUACAACCCGAAGAAAUUCUCCUCCAAAGCUAGAAAUUCUUACAUGGCCGGUGUUUGUCUGCAGGACCUGAAGAACGCAAAAGCGAUAAUCAACUGGAUAGCAUGGGCUGAACCGCAAUAUAACUUCAAUCCGUUGAUCGACGAGUGGUGCAGGGAAGCACCAAAGGAGCUGGACUUCAACAUUGAAGCCGGUGUGCCUUCUUAGCUAAAACUUCACCCCACAGGGUUCAUUAUUUCAAUGAAGAUCGUUGGGGCAUUUCUUGUUGUCUUGAGAGAAUUAGCCAUGAUUAUCAUUAUUUACACAAAUCUUUGAUUUUCUGCUUUUGUGACUUUAUAGAUAAUACUAGAAGGGUUUCAGAGAACCUGCGUUGCAAGAAGAAACAGGGGAGUGAUGCUCGUGAUAAUGUCGUGGACGUGCUGAUUCCUGACAUUAUUCAGGUGCCUUGUUGUUCAUAGCUUUAAAUCCAAUCUGUUCAAAAACAACUCCAUAGACCUUGGGUUGACUUCUUCUGACUUUGUCGACUCUGCCAUUUUCGUGGCUGAUGGCAGUCAACUGAGAAGGUCCUCAUUCUUGAGUACAUGGACGGUAUCCGCAUGAAUGAUUAUGAAGCAAUGAAUGCUUUUGGCGUUGACAAACAAAAGCUCGUGGAAGAAAUUACCCGUGCAUAUGCCCAUCAGCUGUAUGUGGACGGUUUUUUCAAUGGCGAUCCACAUCCUGGUAUACACACCCGUUCCUUUAUUUAAUUCAUAUGGCUCAGCAGCCCGAGCCAGUGCAUCAUAUUGAUUUGUCCCAAGAGCUUUUUCAUUCGGAUAUGGUGAAUCGUAUUGAUGUGGCAUUCAUCUUAUCUACACUCUUGCUGUAGGUAAUUUUCUGGUGAGCAAGGAACCCCCACAUCGGCCAAUUUUGCUUGAUUUCGGACUCACAAAGUCCAUCUCUGUCUCGAUGAAACAAGCGCUGGCCAAAAUGUUCCUGGCUUCAGUAGAGGUUCGUACUUUCCUGAUCAUAUUUGGUUCAAAGGGAGGAGUUUGUUAAGGUUAAAUGAGGAAGAUCCUCUGGCAAGGAAGUUUCCUUGCUAGUUGCACCAUUGUGGUUCAAUAGUUCCUCCUGUAGAAUGUUGAAUGUAUCUGUUAUUAUAUUAGCUGGGCCACCAUCAAAAUUAAAAUCGAUCAAGUAUACAUCAAUUUCGAUUGUAACCAAUGCAGGAUUAUUCCUACCCAAUCGAAGACUAUUGUUAGCAUAAAUGCAAGGUAGCCAAUUUGGUCUCUGUCACAUGGACGGCAUAAAUGGGGUAGUUCAACAUGAGCGAUUAUCGCCUCUGAUGAUAUGUUAGAUUUUUCUGGCUGAUCAUCUGAAAAUCAGGUCUCGUAGGCCCCAUCUUGACAACCACAGGCUUAUUUCUAUAGCAAUCAAUACGAUAUUAUUCUCGCUACUUUGAUUAUUAUUGGAAAUGCAUUUACUUGGUGUUUUUUGGCUUGUGCGAUACAUGUCUCUGAUCCCAUCUAAUCUACCGUGAUGUCUUCCAUGACAGGGGAAUCAUGUGGCUCUACUUUCAGCCUUUGCAGAGAUGGGACUAAAAUUGCGGGUGGACAUACCGGAGCAGGCUAUGGACGUCACUAAUGUAGUCUUCCGGACCACAACCCCAGCAAACGAAGCCCUUGUGAGUACAUACAAACCGGGAAUCAAACCAUGCCCCCACCCCCUUCGCCUUUCCAUUGUACCAUCGGGGCCCGCCCAUUGACUAUGCUCGUUUCCUCUUUCUCGCCCAGGAAAACAUGAAGGCCCUGGCCGAUCAAAGAACCAAGAACAUGAAGGCCAUCCAGGAGAAGAUGAAGCUCAGCAAUAAGGAAAUGGCUCGCUUUAAUCCUGUAAGGAUAAAUCGCCUGCUAACCGUGCUACGUUUCCUAUUUAAUCGAAGAAAAUUUGAAACUUAGGCGAUGUUCUUGACGAGCAGGUUGAUGCAUUUCCUGGUGAUGCCGUCAUAUUUUUCCGGGUCAUAAACCUUCUUCGAGGUAUGCAGCAAAUGAACAUAUUUAUGCUGUUUAUAUUAGCAGAAAAUGAGCAUGCUAAUAAACUUGUUAUGCAAUGUCCUCGAGCUUCCAGGGCUUUCCUCCUCGCUGAAUGUGAGGAUAGUCUACCAGGAAAUCAUGAGGCCCUUUGCAGAGUCCACUAUGAAGGGGUGAGCAGAUCUUCCGAUUGAACUCCAAAAAGGCUGUUUACUUCACAAUCUAACUCAUUUCCUGAACCAGAUUGAUCGGGCCCGAGUCUCUGAGUGACACUCAGUGGAUCAAUGGCUCUCCCGUGCACUCCGACGUGGAGGCCAAACUGAGGAAACUACUGGUCGAAAUCGGGAAAGACAAGGUGCUCGGCGUCCAGGUAAUGCAGCAAAGUUCUGAAGUUCCUUGUGUUCAUCUUCUUCCUCCCGCUCUCCAAGAACAUUGGAUGCAGAUUCUUGAUGCGCAUGUUAAAGAAUAGAAGAUAAAUCCCCCCAUUCUCAAAAACAGAGACUAGGCAUACCACUAUCUCCUCACUGGUGAUUGAUCAUGGCGACGGGAUCUCCCCAUCUCUUCUCCCGCUUGACCCUCCACUUCUGUCAGAUACUUAAGAGUGGCUUAUGCACUCUUAUGCACUGUUGUCUCUCAGGUUUGCGCGUACAAGGAUGGAAAGGUGAUCAUAGACACUGCAGCUGGUGUGCUUGGCAGAUAUGAUCCCAGGCCAGUUGAACUCGACAGCUUGUUUCCUGUAUUUUCUGUCACAAAAGGGCUCACUGCGGGACUGGUGCAUUGGCUGGCUGACAGAGGGUAAGAUUAGUCUGUUUCCAAGGAAGCAGAUGAAGGUGGCAGAGUGCUGUUCUCUUGUGCGGUGUCGGUCUCAUCUCCCUGAUGAUUUGCUGCUGCAGGAAAUUAAGCUACGAUGAAGCUGUUGCAAAUAUCUGGCCAGGCUUUGGGGCGAACUCUAAAGAUCAGAUAAAGGUGAGAUGCCGCCAUUAAUUGCAGUAGCACAGAGUCGAAGCCCCCUUCUCACAGAGAGAGCUUCCCCUUCCCCUUCCCCUUCCCCUUCCCCUUCCCCUUCCUCCAGGUCCACCAUGUGCUCAAUCACACCUCGGGCUUGGCCAAUGCGAUGGGCAGCGCCAUCAGAGAGUCUCCUCUUCUAAUGUGCGAUUGGGAGGAGUCACUGAAGCAGAUGGCGGCGGCGGCCCCCGAGAGCCCCCCCGGCUCCGAGCAGCAGUACCACUACCUCUCCUUCGGCUGGCUGUGCGGCGGAAUCAUAGAGGUACAUCUUUCUCUGCGAGCCAAGUAUUUUACUUGGAUGACCUGAAAAUUGAUUAUUUGGGUUUUGAUUUCAUGGUCGUGUUGCUCUGAUUGUGAUCUUCCAUGGAUGGAGCAGCAUUCAUCGGGGAGGAGGUUUCAGGAUGUUCUGGAGGAGGCGAUCGUCCAGCCCCUCGGUCUCCAUGGCGAACUGUAUAUCGGCAUACCUCCAGGUUGGUAGCUUGUCUCAGAUAUCCUCUGGCGAGAUGGUCCCUCCGCCGCUGAUGGGUCUGUGUGAUUUCCACUGGCAGGAGUGGAGGCUCGGCUGGCAACGCUGACCAUCGACCAGGACGACAUCGCGAGUCUCUCGGCGAUCGGCAGCGCGACGGAGGUUCCGGCGUCUCUGAGGGAGCAGAACCUGGAGGAGAUGGUGGCGGGGCUUCCCGUUCUCUUCAAUGCGCUCAACGUGCGCCGCGCAGUCAUCCCCGCCAGCAGCGGGCACUGCUCGGCUCGCGCGCUGGCGCGCUACUACGCCGCGCUCGCCGCCGGCGGCACGGUUCCGCCGCCGCAUUCGGCGAGCUCUCUGCCGCUCCUCGGGAGCCACCCCCACCUCCCCACCUUCCCCUCGGAGAAGAAGCCGAAGAAGAAACGCCACAGCGACAGCAGCAAGGGGAAGGAGCCGGCGGAGCAGAACGGCGCGAGCUCCAACGGCCACCACCGCAGCUCCGCCGUGAACGGCAGCGAUUUACCGGAAGAGGAGGGCAGCAGGAAGAUGUUCUGCAACCCGAAAAUCCUUGACGCCUUCCAGGGUGUGGGCGACUACUCCUAUCUGACCCUCGCCGGCGGGAAGUUCGGGCUCGGGUUCGGGCGAUUUGAAGCGGCCGGCAGCGAGGAGGAGGCGGCGUUCGGUCACUCCGGCAUGGGCGGCUCUACCGGCUUCUGCGACGUCGCCCACGACUUCGCCAUCGCCGUGACGGUGAACAAGAUGUCCCUGGGCGGCGUGACCAGGAGCAUCGUGCGGCUGGUCUGCUCAGAGUUGGGCGUUCCCAUACCGCAGGAGUUCGCCGCCGUCGGCGAUCGGCGCCCCGACAUGCAGCUCAACCUGUCGCUAGCUACUGACUAG